UAUUGUAAAUCAACCAGUAAAAAUGCAGCACUGAGUGGGUCCUUAUUUGCAUAGGGGCUCUAUAAGUAACGCGGACCCAGAGCGUUUUAUCGUAAUCGGUGGUGUUUCUCUUUGUGUGGUCUCGCUCUUCUCGCAGAAAUGCCAGAUCCAGCAAAGUCUGCUCCUGCUCCUAAAAAAGGCUCGAAAAAGGCUGUUACAAAGGUCCAGAAAAAAGAUGGUAAGAAGCGCAAGCGCAGCCGCAAAGAGAGCUAUUCCGUCUACGUGUACAAGGUGUUGAAGCAAGUCCAUCCUGAUACGGGUAUUUCUUCUAAGGCCAUGGGCAUCAUGAAUUCAUUCGUCAAUGAUAUUUUUGAGCGCAUCGCUGGGGAAGCCUCUCGCUUGGCACACUACAACAAACGUUCAACCAUCACAUCUCGCGAGAUUCAGACCGCCGUGCGUCUGCUGCUGCCCGGCGAACUGGCCAAGCAUGCCGUGUCGGAGGGCACCAAAGCGGUCACCAAGUACACCAGUUCGAAAUGAAGAUCCUGUUCCUGCCCCCUAUUCAGGAACCAAAGUUUCCCCAAGAAUACAAGGAAGACUUUUUCUUAUUCAAACUUCAGUUCAAAAAGUGGCAAACCAGGUAACAAAGAGUUCCAAGACCUCAAGAUUUCUUUCCUUAAUCCAAGAACUCAUUGCAUAAUAGAUGACAUAUUUCAGGUAGUUGUACUUAGAAAGGGCUUAAGAAUCAGGAUCUCACUGUCAACCAAUCCAAGAAACUUUGCUUUAGAUGUCCAAAGCCAGAAAAUGACAGCAAAGAAAUAGAACUACUAGAGCUUGAGCAGUUCCUUAGUACUUUGCCUUGGAGGGAGAAAACCUGGAUGCUGGUCCACUGUCCUAAGGAUGGUAAAGAUAGUGACUUGGGAUUGGUUGAAUAUUUAGAGAGAAAGCGGGAAGUAGGGAGGGUGGAGAUCUAGGGACUGGAACAACACCAGCUUUCCAGAAUGUGCCAGUUUGGAUGUAUUAUGUCCCCCAAAACACCAUGUUCUGUGAUGCAAUCUUGUGGGGGCAGACAUAUUUAGUUUUGAUUAG